CUUCAUUUACCUGACUUUACAUUGACUUCUGCUCUGAGUGCAGCGUACAUGCAGCACUGAGGAUUACGUCAAACACAGCCAACAGGCCACAGGUCAAACCAGCACCACAGAUUACCAUCAACACACCAGCAACUGCCACAGCCACCAGAGACGAGCUAGACAUCGCCCCCACCACCUCCAAAACAACAGAGACAGACACCAGCAGCAGCAGAGAGCCAGAGGUCUAUUCGGCUCACAGUGAUACUUCCAACAUGGCUGACCCAGCAGCUGAUGACAGUAAAUAUCUCUUCACGGAAAACGACUUUUGCAACAGCGGAUUGGUGCAAGCCGAUUGGUCGGCAAAGAGGAUGGUGUGGAUCCCGUCGGAGAGGGAGGGCUUCGAGGCGGCCAGCAUCAAAGAGGAGAAGGGAGACGAGGUGCUGGUGGAGCUCUCUAAUGGUCAGAAGGCAACAGUGAACAAGGACGACAUCCAGAAGAUGAACCCACCCAAGUUCAGCAAGGUGGAGGACAUGGCUGCCCUGACCUGCCUCAACGAAGCCUCCGUCCUCCACAACCUCCGUGAGAGAUACUUCUCCAGCCUGAUCUACACGUACUCAGGUCUGUUCUGUGUGGUGGUGAACCCCUACAAGAUGCUGCCUAUCUACUCUGAAAAGAUCAUUGAGAUGUAUAAGGGCAAGAAGCGUCACGAGGUGCCACCACACAUCUACUCCAUCACAGACAACGCCUACAGGAACAUGUUGCAAGACCGUGAGGACCAGUCAAUUCUCUGCACAGGUGAGUCUGGAGCCGGGAAGACAGAGAACACCAAGAAGGUGAUUCAGUACCUGGCUGUUGUUGCCUCUUCACACAAAGGCAAGAAGGAUGCCAACCCUGAUUCAAAUGCACCAGCCACGGUCAAGCAGCAGCAGGCAGGAUCUCUGGCCUACGGGGAGCUAGAGAAGCAGUUGCUGCAAGCCAAUCCCAUCCUGGAGGCCUUUGGCAAUGCUAAAACCAUAAAAAAUGACAACUCCUCCCGAUUUGGCAAGUUCAUAAAGCUCAACUUUGAUGUGACAGGCUAUCUUGUUGGGGCAAACAUUGACACCUACCUGCUGGAGAAGUCUCGCUGUGUUCGCCAGGCCAAGAUUGAGAGAUCGUUCCAUAUCUUUUACUACAUGGUGGCAGGAGCCAAAGACAAGAUGCGGGAGGAACUGCUGUUGGAGGAUUUCAGCAGCUAUCAUUUCCUGCUGGCGGGUCACGUGGAGAUCCCAGGCCAGGAGGAUGAUGAGAUGUUUGACGAGACCCUGGAGGCCAUGGAAAUUAUGGGCUUUAAUGAGGAGGAGAGAUUAGGGAUGUUGAAGGUGGUGUCCACUGUGCUGCAGCUUGGCAACAUCAAGUUUGAGAAGGAGAGGAACAGUGAGCAGGCAACCAUGCCUGACAACACCGCGGCUCAGAAGGUGUGUCACCUCCAGGGCAUCAAUGUGACUGACUUCACCCGGGCCAUCCUCACACCACGCAUCAAAGUGGGCAGGGAGGUUGUGCAGAAGGCACAGACCAAGCAGCAGGCUGAUUUUGCAGUGGAGGCUUUGGCUAAAGCCAUGUAUGAGCGCCUAUUUCGCUGGAUCCUGGCCAGGGUGAACAAGACACUGGACAAAAGUAAGAGGCAGUCAGCCUCGUUCCUGGGCAUCCUGGACAUCGCAGGCUUUGAGAUUUUUGAGGACAACUCAUUUGAGCAGCUCUGCAUCAACUACACCAAUGAACGUCUGCAGCAGCUCUUCAACCACACCAUGUUCAUCCUUGAGCAGGAGGAGUACAAGAGGGAGGGCAUCGAGUGGAACUUCAUUGACUUUGGCCUUGACCUGCAGCCCUGCAUCGAGCUCAUCGAGAGGCCGAACAACCCUCCUGGUAUCCUGGCCCUGCUGGAUGAGGAGUGCUGGUUCCCCAAGGCCACAGAUGUCUCCUUUGUUGACAAGUUGCUGAACACCCACUCUGGUCAUGUUAAGUUUUCCAAACCAAAGCAACACAAAGACAAGCUAAUGUUCACUGUGCUGCACUAUGCUGGCAAGGUUGACUAUAAUGCAGCAAACUGGCUGACCAAGAACAUGGACCCCCUUAAUGACAAUGUGACUGCUCUGCUCAACAACUCCUCCAGCAACUUUAUCCAAGACCUGUGGAAAGACGUUGAUCGUGUGGUGGGCCUGGAGACCAUGACCAAGAUGUCAGAGAGUUCGGUGCCCACCUCCACCAAAUCCAAGAAGGGCAUGUUCCGUACAGUGGGCCAGCUAUACAAAGAGUCCCUUGGGAAGCUGAUGACUACUCUGCACAACACCCAGCCCAACUUUGUCCGCUGCAUCAUCCCCAACCACGAGAAGAGGGCAGGAAAGAUGGAUGCCAACCUGGUGCUGGAGCAGCUGAGGUGUAACGGGGUGUUGGAGGGCAUCCGAAUCUGCAGACAGGGAUUCCCCAACCGCAUUGUCUUCCAGGAGUUCAGACAGCGAUAUGAGAUCCUGGCCGCCAGCGCCAUCCCCAAGGGCUUUAUGGAUGGGAAGCAGGCAUGCUGUCUGAUGGUGAAGCACCUUGACUUGGAUCCUAACCUGUACCGUAUUGGUCAGAGUAAGAUGUUCUUCAGGACAGGGGUGUUGGCCCAGCUGGAGGAGGAGCGGGAUCUCAAACUCACCGUCAUCAUUAUCGCCUUCCAGGCCCAGGCUAGAGGCUUCCUGGCCCGCAAGGCUUUCAGUAAGCGGCAGCAGCAGCUGAGUGCCAUGAAGAUCAUCCAGAGGAACUGUGCUUGUUACCUCAAACUGAGAAACUGGCAGUGGUGGAGGCUCUUCACCAAGGUGAAGCCCCUGCUCCAGGUGACCAGACAGGAAGAGGAAAUGGGUCAGAAAGAGGAGGAGCUGAAGGCAGCGAAGGACGUGGCUGCCAAGACCCAGGCUGAACUGACGGAGAUUGCCCAGAAACACACACUGUUGAUGGAGGAGCGAUCCCAGCUGGAGGUGAAACUGCAGGCAGAGACGGAGCUGUACGCCGAGGCUGAGGAGAUGAGGGUUCGUCUGGAGGCCAAGAAGCAGGAGCUGGAGGAGGUGCUGCAUGAGAUGGAGGCCCGGCUCGAGGAGGAGGAGGAUCGCAGUAACAUGCUGCAGCAGGAGAGGAAGGACAUGGAACAGCAGCUACAGCUCAUGGAGGCCCACUUGGCUGAGGAAGAGGACGCUCACCAGAUGUUGCAGCUGGAGAAAGUGGCCAUGGAAGGAAAAGUCAAGAAACUGGAGGAUGACGUAAUGCUCAUGGAGGAUCAAAACAACAAACUGCAGAAGGAGCGGAAACUUCUAGAAGAGAGGAUAGCUGAUAUGAGCUCUAACCUGGCUGAGGAAGAAGAGAAGUCCAAAAACCUGACCAAGCUCAAGGCCAAACAUGAGUCAAUGAUCUCUGACCUGGAGGUGCGUCUGAAGAAGGAGGAGAAGGGCCGUCAGGACAUAGAGAAGGCCAAGAGGAAGCUAGAGGGGGAGCUGGGCGAGCUGCAGGAGCAGCAGGCUGACCUGCUGGCCCAGCUAGCCGAGCUCCGAGCCCAGCUGGCUGCCAAGGAGGACGAGCUGCAGGCCACUCAGGCGCGGCUGGAGGAGGAGAGCAGCCAGCGUGGGGCAGCGAUGAAGCGGAUUCGGGAGCUGGAGGUCUUGCUGUCAGAGCUGCAGGAGGAUUUGGAGGCAGAGCGGGUAGCCAGGGGAAAGGUGGAGGCAGCACGAAGAGACCUGGGGGACGAACUCAACGCCCUGCGCACUGAGCUGGAGGACAGCUUGGACACCACUGCUGCCCAGCAGGAGCUACGGGCAAAGCGUGAGCAGGAAGUGACCAUGCUGAAGAAGGCCAUGGAGGAGGAGGGGAGGAGCCAUGAGGCCCAAGUCCAGGACCUGAGACUGAAACACAGCCAGGCUGUCGAGGAGUUCUCUGAGCAGCUGGAGCAGGCCAAGAGGGUAAGAUCAGGUCUGGAAAAAGCCAAGCAAGGCCUGGAGAAGGAAGUGGCGGACCUGAGUGCCGACUUGCGAUCGAUGGCCACUGCCAAGCAGGAAGUGGAGCACAAGAAGAAGAAAGUGGAGGGUCAGCUGGCUGACCUGCAGUCACGCCACAAUGACGUCGAGCGGCAGAAGGCUGAGCUAGGGGAUCGACUCUCCAAGAUGACUGUGGAGCUGGACAGUGUGGCCGGUCUGCUGAACGAGGCAGAGGGGAAGAAUAUCAAGCUGAGCAAAGACGUUUCCAGUCUCAGCUCCCAGCUACAGGAUGCACAGGAGCUGCUGUCGGAGGAGACGCGACAGAAGCUCAGUCUGUCAGGGCGUCUGCGGCAGACUGAGGAGGACAGGAACAGCCUGGUGGAGCAGCUGGAGGAAGAGACUGAGGCCAAGAGGGCGGUGGAGAGGCAGGUUUCCAGCCUCAACAUGCAGCUGUCUGAGUACAAGAAGAAGCUGGACGAGAUGUCAGGGACUGUGGAGCUGCUGGAGGAGGGAAAGAAGCGUCUGCAGCGUGAGCUGGAGGCAGCUAACAGUGAUUAUGAGGAGAAGGCUGCAGCCUGCGACAAGCUGGAGAAGAGCAGGAGUCGGAUGCAGCAGGAGGUGGAGGACCUCGUGAUGGACCUGGACAGCCAGAGGCAGCUGGUCUCCAACCUGGAGAAGAAGCAGAAGAAGUUUGAUCAGAUGCUGGCUGAGGAGCGCUCAGUGUCUUGUAAGUGUGCAGAGGAGCGAGACCGAGCAGAGGCGGAUGCAAGGGAGAAGGAGACGCGGGUGUUAGCUCUGGCCAGAGCUCUGGACGAGAGGCAGGAGGCCCUGGGGGAGGCCGAGAAGACUAUUAAAGCCCUCCGGACUGAGAUGGAAGACCUCAUCAGCUCCAAGGAUGACGUGGGCAAGAGUGUCCAUGACUUGGAGAAGGCUAAACGUGGCCUGGAGGCCAUUGUGGAGGAAAUGAGGACCCAGAUGGAGGAGCUGGAGGAUGAGCUUCAGAUUGCUGAAGAUGCCAAGCUGCGUCUGGAGGUCAACAGCCAGGCCCUCAAAGCCCAACAUGAGAGGGACCUGCAGGGCCGAGACGAGAUGGGCGAGGAGAAGAGGAGGCAGCUUCUCAAACAGGUGCGUGAGUUGGAGACUGAGUUAGAGGAGGAGAGGAAGCAGCGAGGCCAAGCAUCAGCUGCCAAGAAGAAGAUGGAAGGGGAGCUGAAGGACCUGGAGGACCAGCUGGAGGCAACCGGCAGAGGGCGUGAUGAGGCCACCAAGCAGCUCCGCAAGAUCCAGGGCCAGGCGAAGGAGCUCCAGAGGGAGCUGGAAGACACACGUGCAGCUCAGAAAGAGGUGAUCUCCUCGGCCAGGGAGUCUGAGAGGAGGGCCAAGGCCAUGGAGGCCGACAUCAUCCAGCUGCACGAGGAGCUCUCAGCAGCUGAGAAGGCUCGUAAACAGGCGGAGACAGAGAGAGACGAGCUGUCUGAAGAACUGGCCAGUAACUCCUCUGGGAAGUCACUGCUGUCUGAUGAAAAGCGUCGUCUGGAGGCGAAGAUAAGCCAGCUGGAGGAGGAGCUGGAGGAGGAGCAGGCUAAUGUGGAGAGCCUCAAUGACCGGCUGAGGAAGAACCAGCAGCUGAUGGACCAGCUGGGUGCCGAGCUGGCAGCUGAGCGCUCUUCGUCCCAGAGCAAGGAGGGAUCCAGACAGCAGCUGGAGAGACAAAACCGAGAGCUGAAGGUCAAACUGCAGGAGACUGAGGGCCAGGGCCGCUCCAAACUCAAGUCCACUGUCACCGCCCUGGAGACCAAGCUGAGGGAGGCUGAGGAGAAGCUGGAGAUUGAGAACAGAGAACGCCAGGCCAAUGCCAAGGGUCUGCGUCAGAAAGAGAAGAAGAUUAAGGAUCUGACCAUUCAGAUGGAGGAUGAGAGGAAGCAGGCACAGCAAUACAAAGAUCAGGCAGAGAAGGCCAGUGUGCGGAUGAAGCAGCUGAAGCGUCAGCUGGAGGAGGCGGAGGAGGAGGCUCAGCGGGUGGCGGCAGCCCGCAGGAAGCUGCAGAGGGAGCUGGAAGAGUCGACUGAGGCCAACGACACCCUCAGCAGAGAGGUGGCUUCCCUCAAGAGCAAGCUCAGGCGUGGUGGGGAGGUGGCGUUCAGCAGCAGUAGUCCCCGCAGCGGUGGAAGUGGCAGCAGCAUGAUGAGGAGCAUCACACAUGGAGGGAGCAUCAGCCGCAGGAGCGGCAUCAAGGAGAAUUCAGUGGAGCUACAGGAGGAGGAGUGUCGCUCCCCCUCCCCUUCUGCCUUCAGCCCCCCUCUGGAUGGAGGCUUCAAUGCCUACCCUUCUGAGGAGUAGAGGGCCAACACACACUCACACUUAGGCUCUUUUCAAUCUUGUGUUCCUUAGCCCAAGGCUAACUAAGCCCAGGGCUUAUAGCUUAGCCUUGAUUCCCACUAGUGCUUAUUAACCAAGGCCUAACACUUAGCCCUGGGUUAAGGAAUCACAUUUGAAAAUCAAAGACCAGGGUUGAUGUCUUCACAACACUUGUAGCACUUCUAGCUUGUUUUGAUUGGACAACAAACUUUCUUUUGUUUUACAAAAGUAUUCUGUUGCAUUUGUUCUAAGUCUUGAUUGGCGACCUUUCAAAAGUUGUUCUAACCUGGAUUCUAACCUCCAUUCACACUGCAGAUCUUUACCCUGCUUAUUCAGAGACAUCCUCAGAAAAUCAGGGCCCGCCUGCUCUGGAGUGGGCUUUACUUAGUGCUGGGCUUCCACCUUGGCUACACUGAAUGUGGAACAUAGGCAGUGCGGAUGCUGCAACACUGUGCUUUAACUAUAAUCAGUGACACCGGCUUCACCAGUGGUUCAUGUACGUGGUGUACAUGUGUCGCAGAGAUCCACUCUACACACAUAAAAAAGAUCACUUUUAUGUUUAGAUUUUCUUGUAAAGUCAAUAUUUUGAAGUGCCAGUACACAGGAAAUGACUCAGGAGAGGACUUUGGUCAGCCUGUCAGCGUUUGUUUUGAUCCCCCUGUUAGCAUUGAUUUUGCCAGUACCAGCUGGCAGGUGUGUAGUAGCUUCAUCCCUCACAGCCCACUGUAGUCUGCUGAUAUUCCUUUAUCCAUGUCAUACAAACUCUUCACAGCACUGUGCUGCAUGGUCCAAACCUGCAAACACUAUCCUGAGCAAUCCUCCACAAUCAUGAGCUCACACUCCCAUAAUGCACACUCAGCGGAUUGUUUUGCCUGUGACUUAUCACACAACUCUAUACUGACUGUGUGCUGCCCAGAAAGAGACAUUUUGCAGCAUAUCCGCUCAGCAGACAGUCCGCAUACGAUACAUGUUCAGUGUAGCCAAGGUGUAAGAGUGGGGAUAUUCCACAUUGUAAGCUGUAAGUGUGAAAAGGCAUUAAUCCCAGGGCUAACUGGGGACUAGCCCAGGCCUAAGUGUGCUGUGAAAAGAGCUUCAGAGAAGUCCUAAUUAAGAUUAGACUGAUAGUUUUUGUUUUUCAUCCACCACUGAUAUAAUGGAUAUGAUGCAGUGUGACUGAUUAUAUAUUUAUUGCCGAAUUAAUCAGUAGUUGUUUAUGGGAAGAUUUUAAGCUUAAUUGAUUCUGAUGAGCCAUUUUGAUUGGAUUGUGACAUGUAUGCACAGCCAUGUUUUGUUAUUCUGAUCACAGUUAUCCUUCGUCUUGCUGGUUUAUUUUAGUGUGAUAUGAUAAUCUACAUGCUGUUCGGAGACUUUUCCACCCUGAAUACAGUUCUUGGGGAAACCCCCCAACACCAGUUCUUGUCAUUUUCUGGCCCAAAAAUGUAAAGAUUGAAAGAUUUUGAAUUCAAAAACAUUUCAAAAACAUCAGCAUUUUGGUCUAAAAAGCCAGCCCUUCUGCUUCACGAGUGCUCAGGAAGCACAUUGGCCAGUGGGGUUAGCAGCCUCAGAUAUCAGUCGUCUACAGGAGAGGCUGAUCUGUCCGACAGAGUUCAGUCAGACAAAAGAAUGAACUGUGAACAACAUCAAAGAGGCCUGAAUGAAGGCUGAUGUUUAAUCUACCAUCUAAUUUGCAACUCUACACUCCCAAACUGACAAACUUCAGAAAAGCACAGAUUUGGGAUUCUCUGUCCUCCACUGGAUAGCAACACUUCUUGUUUUUUCCAGUUCAUGUCCCUGACAACGUCUGUCCAGGUAUUAUCUCAGCAGAAGUAAAAAGCUGAUUAUGAUUAUGGAGAAGCUGAUCCCACUCAGUCUGCCCUGCUGUUACCUCACCCAUAAUGAUUUUUGUAUCACGUACUCGCUGUGCGCUGCCUUGAGUCUCUGAUGAACAAAGUUUUACCCACAAGCCUUCAUGGCAAAUGGCUGGUGUGUUUUCCAUCUCUGAUUCAGUUGAACACAAAACAAAACGGCUCUGUGAUUUUCCAGUUUUACAACAGCAAAGCUAUGUCCAAAGUUCUG